AUUAUGAGAUCCGUACUUAGCAUCCAUACUCGUUAUCGUACUGGUAAAUAUUCCAUGACAGUAGUUUGAAGCUGAUUGAAUCAUUUUAUGCACUUACUCUCCAGACUCCACGCACAAUUACAGAUAUUUACACCACGAUCAUCUGGCCAAUGUGUAAAAGUUUUAUCAAUGUGCACAAUUAUUUAUUAUUAUAAAUAUCAAGUUGAUGGAUUAAUUUUCGAGCAUAUUUAUCCUCAAAAAAGUUGAUCAGUUUUAGCUCACGUGCAUUAAAACAUAAUGGGAAAAGAGAACCGUAACGUCAUAAUUCCCAAAUUGGGAAAUUCUACCAGUGAACUUGUCCCACGAAAGAAGAAGUCUCGGCUACAAGUGAUUGCACGAGAUCGGCCUUGCGAGGUCUGCUACGAUAAAGCCCGGUCCCACAAUUAUGGAGGAGUAUCAUGCAAUUGUUGCCGAUCUUUCUUUCACCAUUUCGUUCUUAAAAAUAUCAAGGAUAAUUACUCGGCCACUUACUCAAAUCUUAUCAAAGGAUGCAAGAAUGACGGAAAUUGCGAAAUUAAUCUCCUAACGCGAAGGAAUUGUAAAACGUGUCGAUUUUUUAAGUGUCUAAGCAUUGGGAUGGAACCCGCUUGGGUCAUCUCUGAUUUUAAUAGGACAAAACAAAGAAAACAUAUAGCAUCGGUGGAGAAUAAUAUUAAAAUUGAGCCAUCCACUCCUCCUCCAGUUCAAGGAUUGAGCCCUGAAGAAGCUAAAAUCAUUGAGAAUAUUCCUAAAUUUUAUAAUAAAGCAUGCGAAUUAAUUCCAUACAAUUACGUUUCUCGAUCGAAAACCGAAGUUUUGACAACGACAAAACUCCACAUUCUAAAUAUUGGAGUGAUAUCUACAAGCAUCCGGAGAUUCGUAUGUUUUGCAAGGAUGCUUUCAGAAUUUGAACGACUUUCUUUACACGACCAGGCAAAUUUACUGAGACGAUCUGUACUGGAAAUGUUCAUUAUACGAGGCGCAUUUACCUUCAAUUUCGAGAAAGGUGGAUGCUAUUUUGAUGAUGACAACCUACCAGAAAAAUACCCCGAAGUUCAUCUGGAUGAGUGCGCAGGGAUGUACCCAGAAGAACUCACAGAAAUGCAUAUUCAAGAUUACAGAAAAAUUAGAUCUCUUGCCCCCGAUGAAGCAAGCAUCAUGCUUCUUAUUCCUCUAGCCUUGUUUUCCGAUUGUGGUGGAAACGAUAGCUGCACCGAGUUUGAUGAUCUUGCCGGGAUCAACGCCGCCCAAGAAUUUUACACCGGAUUAUUACAAAAAUACUUGAAACACGUGUGGGGAGAACAAAAAGGGAGACUUGAAUUUCCAAGGUUACUCGCCAAACUCGUCGAUAUUACACAAGCUGCUCAGCUUUAUCAGGGCUUCCCCCUCAAAUUGACUGAAGAUCAAGUGGAUAAAAUGCACAAACACUUGUUGGAACUUCAGCGAGUGACGAGUACGUCACCACUUACUGAUAACCAAUACUUUUGGGACAGAACUGAUUUACCUGAAGAAAAACUUGUAAAACGAAAGGAUUGUUGCAAGAAAUACAUGUCCUCAGCUAAAAUUCUAGAUGCUCUAAGACGCGAAAAAACUGCCGAACACGACAAAAAUGCACCAACCUUUCCACUCCUGAUUCACAUAUUUGCUAGUAAUCCUGGCCAGUGGGGAGUAAAACCGGACUACUUCAUUCAAGGACCUCAUCUUGGCGUGGAGCGCGCUUUCAUGCGGAGAAUGCCAGAACUUGUAGAAAACCCGUGGGACUCUUUGGUUAAGAAUGUGUCGGAAUUACGGAUUUCAUAAUUCUGAUGCAAUUGAGAGUGAACUAUCAAUUUUAAAAUGCUUGAUGAAUGGAAUGUGGCCCAUUUGGAAUGAUUUCAGAUAGGUGGACGGUCAAAGAAUUGAGGAUUAUUGUUCUAGGCAGACAACUGAAGGAGAAAACAUUUCGCUGCAUGCAAUUCGCUGGGUGCAUUAUGAUUACGACUUUUUGCGGAUAUGUUUUGCGGUAAUAAAUAAGUUGUAAUGUGCACCAAUUUAUUUUUCUUGAGCAAGUAUUAUCUCCGAAGCUAAAGAUAAACUUAUAAUUGAGUGACAUUGGUAUCAAGGUACUUGGUUAUUUUAUAUUUAUUGAAAUAUGUACCCAUACAAGGAAAUUUAUAGCUAUAUAUAAGACUAAAUUAUAUGGCAUGUUUCUAGACAAAUUUGAUUGUAAGCAGUGGACGGAAUCUAUAUUUUUAUGCCAAAUAAAAUAUUUAGAAUGUUGAACUCAA